AUGUCCGGCAAUUCCAACCCUUAUGAAUACACCGUGGCGUGGAUAUGCGUUCUUGAAGCCGAGAUCACAGCAGCCAGAGUGAUGCUUGAAGAAGACGAGGUCUAUGAUCCCGCACCCGUGCAUCGCGCUCAUGGCGAUGAGAAUUCCUACAUCUCCGGUUCGAAGUGA